GCUGCCCUGCCCCGGCGCGUCUGCUCUUCGCGGGCCGAGCCUGCGGCGAGGGCCUGAGCGCGACCGUGUGCGCCGCCGCCGUGUCGGCGCGGAUCAGAGGCUGCACAAGCCCACCCGGAUGGGAAGAGCGUCUCAGGUUUCUGUCGCUGAUUUACGUAUCAAGUCAUGGGUGGAUAAGAUGCAAGAGGACCUCGUCACGCUGGCGAAAACAGCAAGUGGGGUCACCCAGCUCGUCGAUAUUUACGAGAAAUACCAAGAUUUGUAUACUGUGGAGCCAAAUAACGCCCGGCAGCUGGUGGAGAUCGCAGCCAGGGAUAUUGAAAAACUUUUAAGCAACAGAUCGAAAGCGCUGGAGCGUCUGGCUUUGAAAGCGGAGAAAGUGCAAGCAGCCCACCAGUGGCGAGAGGACUUCGCAAGCAAUGAAGUUGUCUACUACAAUGCUAAGGAUGAUCUUGAUACUGAAAAGAAUGACAGUGAGCCGGGCAGCCAGCGGAUUAAACCUGUUUUCAUUGAAGAUGCUAAUUUUGGAAGACAAAUAUCCUACCAGCACGCAGCGGUCCACAUUCCCACCGACAUCUAUGAGGGCUCAACAAUAGUGUUGAAUGAACUCAACUGGACAAGUGCCUUAGAUGAAGUUUUCAAAAAAAACCGAGAAGAGGACCCUACCUUGCUGUGGCAGGUGUUUGGCAGUGCUACCGGCCUGGCCCGCUAUUACCCAGCUUCUCCAUGGGUGGAUAAUAGUCGAACUCCAAACAAGAUUGACCUUUAUGACGUACGCCGGAGACCAUGGUAUAUCCAGGGAGCAGCAUCUCCCAAGGACAUGCUCAUUCUGGUGGACGUGAGUGGCAGUGUCAGCGGCCUGACGCUUAAGCUGAUCCGAACGUCUGUCUCUGAAAUGCUAGAAACUCUCUCAGAUGAUGACUUUGUAAACGUGGCUUCAUUUAACAGCAAUGCUCAGGAUGUAAGCUGCUUUCAGCACCUCGUCCAAGCCAAUGUAAGAAACAAGAAAGUGUUGAAAGAUGCAGUGAACAACAUCACAGCAAAAGGAAUCACCGAUUACAAGAAAGGCUUUAGUUUUGCUUUUGAGCAGUUGCUUAAUUAUAAUGUGUCCCGAGCCAACUGCAAUAAGAUCAUAAUGCUGUUCACGGACGGAGGAGAAGAGCGAGCGCAGGAGAUAUUUACCAAGUACAAUAAAGACAAAAAAGUUCGCGUAUUCACAUUCUCCGUUGGUCAGCAUAACUACGACCGCGGACCGAUCCAGUGGAUGGCUUGUGAGAACAAAGGUUAUUAUUAUGAAAUUCCUUCCAUUGGAGCAAUAAGAAUUAAUACUCAGGAAUAUCUGGACGUUCUGGGAAGACCAAUGGUUUUAGCAGGAGAAAAAGCUAGGAAAGUCCAGUGGACAAACGUGUACUUGGAUGCACUGGAACUGGGACUUGUCAUUACUGGAACUCUUCCGGUCUUCAACAGAACUGGCCAAUCUGAAAAUGAGACCAAUUUAAAGAACCAGCUGAUCCUGGGUGUGAUGGGUGUGGAUGUUUCUCUGGAGGAUAUCAAGAGGCUGACGCCACGCUUUACACUAUGCCCCAAUGGCUAUUAUUUUGCAAUUGAUCCUAACGGUUAUGUUUUGCUACAUCCAAAUCUUCAGCCAAAGCCGAUUGGUGUGGGUAUCCCAACAGUUAAUUUGAGACAAAGAAGACCCAAUGUGCAGAACCCCAAAUCUCAGGAACCAGUGACUUUAGACUUCCUGGAUGCAGAGCUGGAGAAUGAUAUUAAAGUGGAGAUUCGAAAUAAAAUGAUAGAUGGAGAAAGCGGGGAAAAAACCUUCAGAACACUGGUUAAAUCUCAAGAUGAGAGAUACAUUGACAAAGGCAACAGGACCUACACAUGGACCCCGGUCAAUGGGACAGACUACAGUUUGGCCUUGGUAUUACCAACCUACAGUUUUUACUAUAUAAAAGCCAAACUAGAAGAGACAAUAACUCAGGCCAGAUCAAAAAAGGGAAAAAUGAAGGAUUCAGAAACUCUGAAGCCAGACAAUUUUGAAGAAUCUGGCUACACGUUCAUAGCUCCAAGAGAUUACUGCAAUGACCUUAAACCAUCUGAAAACAACACUGAAUUUCUUUUAAAUUUCAAUGAGUUUAUUGACAGAAAAACUCCAAACAACCCGUCAUGUAAUGCAGAUUUGAUUAAUAGAGUCUUGCUGGAUGCUGGUUUUACCAACGAGCUUGUGCAGAAUUACUGGAGUAAGCAGAAAAACAUCAAGGGAGUGAGGGCGCGGUUCGUUGUGACGGAUGGUGGGAUUACCAGAGUUUAUCCCAAAGAAGCUGGAGAAAAUUGGCAAGAAAACCCCGAAACCUACGAGGACAGCUUCUACAAGCGCAGCCUGGACAAUGAUAACUACAUCUUCACAGCUCCCUACUUUAACAAAAGUGGACCUGGUGCUUAUGAGUCGGGCAUCAUGGUAAGCAAAGCUGUAGAAAUAUAUAUCCACGGAAAACUCCUUAAACCUGCAGUGGUUGGAAUUAAAAUUGAUGUGAAUUCCUGGAUAGAGAACUUCACCAAAACCUCAAUUAGGGAUCCGUGUGCUGGCCCAAUUUGUGACUGCAAAAGAAACAGCGAUGUCAUGGACUGUGUGAUUCUAGAUGACGGCGGGUUUCUUUUGAUGGCAAAUCAUGACGAUUACACGAACCAGAUUGGACGAUUUUUUGGAGAGAUUGACCCUAGCCUGAUGAGACACCUGGUUAAUAUAUCAGUGUAUGCUUUCAAUAAAUCUUACGAUUAUCAGUCAGUGUGCGAGCCCGGCGCCGCCCCCAAACAAGGAGCAGGACAUCGCUCGGCACACGUGCCAUCCAUAGCAGACAUCCUCCAGAUUGGCUGGUGGGCCACUGCUGCUGCCUGGUCUAUCCUCCAGCAGUUCCUCUUGAGUUUGACCUUUCCUCGGCUCCUUGAAGCAGUGGAGAUGGAGGAGGAGGACUUCACCGCCUCCCUGUCCAAGCAGAGCUGCAUCACCGAGCAAACCCAGUACUUCUUCAACAACGACAGUAAAUCCUUCAGCGGCGUCCUUGACUGUGGGAACUGCUCCAGAAUUUUUCAUGUAGAAAAGAUUAUGAACACCAACUUAAUAUUCAUAAUGGUCGAGAGCAAAGGGACCUGUCCCUGUGACACCAGGCUGCUCAUCCAGGCGGAGCAGACUUCUGAUGGUCCAGACCCUUGUGAUAUGGUCAAGCAGCCCAGAUACCGCAAAGGGCCUGAUGUCUGCUUUGACAACAGUGACAUGGAGGAUUAUUCUGACUGUGGCGGUGUUUCUGGAUUAAGUUCGUCCCUGUGGUCUAUUCUCGGAUUCCAGUUUCUACUCCUCUGGCUGGUAUCUGGCAGCAGACACUAACUAUUGUGACCUUCUGAAACCAAAACCACAUCAUUAAACUCCAGACCCUGCCAAAAUAUGAGCCCUGGAUGAUGUCACAGUAGGGUCACCUGUGGAAUCAGCGAAACAUUAGCUGGACCUUUAUCAAGGCGUAUCUAAGGCACAGACCCAUGGGGCACCCACUGGCUGCAUGUCAGGGUGUCUGACCCGUGUACUUGUGUGAGUGCUGCACCAUCUAAGAACAUCAAAGCGAAAAUUCUUUGUGCUCUCCUGGGAAAACAGGAGUUGUUGCAUUGCUGGUGAUGAUGUGUAGAAGGGCUCCCCACGCAAUUGUUUAUGAAUCAUAGGAAAUGUCUUGAUUUUGACCUGGAAUUUCAACUUACUGCAGAUUUACCAAGAAAACCUGUAGGGAGAAGUAGUUAUUUUUGCCUCCAUUUAUUCUUCUGUUAGAAGUUAAUUCCUACUUUGAGUAGUUCUUGACUACAGAGGGACAGAGAGAGAGGGAAUUAACAGUGGUCUACGUUGCUGAAAUAGGAAUAAUGGCUAAUUUUCUACAAAAAUUUUGCCAGGAAUAAAAUGCCUUAUGCAGAAUGAUUUCUCUGCCAAAAAUAAAACACAAUUGAUGACCAAUUACAUGGGGUAGUGAAUUGAUAGCUUGCAAAUAACAGCUAAGAAAUUAUUAAACUAAAGGUGCUUGAGGGUGAAAUUUGAACAUGACAUAUUUUCUCAUAAAUGUAUGCCCUAUAAAGUUCUGGUGUAAUGUUCCCUUUGUCCACAGUAUGGUUAUGUAGUGCUAGCCAGAUAUUAACAAUGCUCUAAGAGAAGCUCACUGGGGGGAGGGGAAAUGUUUUUCUUGUGACAAAUGAACUUGGGUUACAAGGGUAUUUUGCAUGAUGCUGCUGCUGCUAUUUUAACUUUUUGGUUUGUUUUUCUCUUACUGUAGAGUGUAGUCUCUUGAGAAGUUACCUGAGUGACAUCAUUGUCAUGUAAGAAUCUGACACUUGCAGUGUAAAUGCACUUCAGUCAUCUUUUCAAAAUGUCGUGAAACUACUCUGAAUAUACUGUGCAAUGUCAAUGCAGGCUGAUGGGGCCGGGGAAUGGCGGAAUGAGAAUCAGUGGAUUUUAUACAGAUCUGUGCUUUUGCCUGAAAACCUAUGUACAGAUAUUUUAAGUACAUAAAUCAGAUUUAACACAUUUAUUUUUUGAAAAGUACAUAUAUGUUCUCAAUGAAGCUACAUCCUAGGUUUCCUGUUCGUUCAUUUUGCAGGAGCACGGACAGUCCAAGCUCUGUCCUCCUUUUUCGAUGCUAUGAUCAUUUGGCCAAAGUCCCAUGCCGUUUGAUGAGGGUUUUAUAACAAUCUGAACAAGUAGGAAACCGUGGAUCUCUAUGUAUGCACAUGAACACUUGAUUGUGAAUAAUAAAAUUUGUUUUUAUACAGCCUCAUUGGUGAAAAUGGUUAGUGUAGUAAAUCAGAGAUUUCAUUAUAGAUUAAUAUGGUAUCAAAAUAUUAUUUAUGCUUUUAAAAAUUAUUUUCGGGAAUAAACAGUAUUUGAAGGAAGGAUGAAAACAGUGAAUGUGUAACUCUAGGCAUAAUGCAUAAUUUUACUGAAGGCUGAAAGUAUACAGAUAUUUUUUAUGGUAAAAUGCAUUUUUCUUUAUUCAAACAUGCCAAAUAUUGGUGUGUAUAUAUGCUGGAAAUUUUCUUAUAUAUAAUUUUAACAUCAAAAUUAUUUACAUUACCCAGCAUGCUUUUAUAUGUUCUAUGUAUCAAAGUUUUUGUCCAUUCUUUAGCAGUGUUUAAGAUAUAUUUGUUUUGUUUUUAGCUUUGCAUACAUUUAUAAUCCACUCAUACCACCAAUGUAUCCUAAGUACCAUUUGUGUACAUUUCCUUAAUGAGAUUGUUUUUUAAUUUAAAAUAUGGGGAGGAAGAAAUGGAAUCACUUUGCCAACUAUUGUUCUAAGAGUUGACAUCAGUUACCAUUUCUAGCGCAUUAUUGUGAUUUUUUUUUUUAGUCAAUUCGAAGCUUGUAUCGACAUUUUAGAAUACACCAAAGUGAUUUAAAAAAAGGUACAAUGUGUUUUAAUCAUGUUAUUUGUUAUUUAAAUAUUUAAAUCUUACUGUUAACUUUUGCUAGAAUUUUAAAUCAUGAAAGUGUUGGGAAGAGGAUAUCAAAAAUAAAAAUUACUAGCUUAUGUAAAUAAAUGACGCACAUUAAAACAAACAGUUGCUUCCAGCAUACAACAGACUACCUUAAGAUUACGUUUAAAAUCCACUUAUUAUAUUUUCCGGGCCAAUGUCAUUUAUAUUGUAUGUUUUCAUCACUGGAUUAUUGUUGUCUUAGUCAUAUUUAAGCUCGGCAUCCCACGGCAGGACCCCAUUUGAUUAUAGUUCUGUAUAAUAACAGCCACAUACAGGGUAGGAAAUUGGAUAAGAACUUGCUCUCAGACUAAAAAUUGUUUUCAGGGUCAAUACUACUCACCCUGGGUUUAGCAUAUUUUUUUUCAAAAGACAGUAACACUCAUCCCGUCAAAUUGUUACAUUAAAUUUGCUAUAUUUCUGUGAAUUCUGUUGACAAAAAACUUCAAGUCUGAUAUUAAUUAUUGAUUUUCAAAGACUGACCAGUACAAGUGAUCAAUGAAAGGCUUCUGAACUGUUUUUACACAUUUAAUUUGUGCUGUGCUCAUGCAGCUGAAUGUAGUAUGUCACCAAAAGGAACCACGAUGGGUCACAGGACAGAAGCUUGCGUUAAUCAUCUCUUUAUCUUUUCUUCAUUUGAACAACCAGCAUUACUGCCAAACACCAAUCGUGGUCCACAUUUGUAACAGGUUUUUAACAUGACAUAGUUCGCAAGUUUGAUUGAAGAGAUUUCUAGGUCCUGGGCCUAUAAGAUUUUAGUAUGAUCUUUUUUCAUGUUUCUAAUGCUUCAGGCAUUAUUGCUUAACUUGGAAAAAAAAAAGCAAAACAGUGUUGCUGCCAUUUGUAAGUUUCCUAUAUAUAAUAUUCCUUUUAUUAACUUUAAAACUGGCCUUACGGGGUUCAAAUAGGCAGUAUCCCUUUUAAGUGACCUUCGCAAUCCAAGUGUUACUUGCUUAUUUGAUGCUCUCUUGUGAUUUUACGUCUCCCUUAAAUCUUUGUCUUGUCUUCAUAAAAGUUUAAAUUCUGUGUCUUAAUUUAAAACUCUCAAGCUAUUCCGUUGAUCAUGUUAGCUGACAUUAAAAUGUCGGAAGAUGGAGAGUCUAACUCAGCGAGAGAAAAUGGAUUUUGUGACUUGUUCACUUGCCCCAAAUUCCAAUAUUUUAUUACUAUCUGGAUCUUGUAUUGUUUCUCAUAGCAGAAUGUUAAUAUUGUUAAUAUUCAGUGUACCUCUCUGUAAAGAUCAAAUCACUAAACAAAAGUAUCAAGUGUUGAAAAUUUCCCAAAGAUUUGGAAGUAUCAGAGAGCCCUUAUCAAUUGUUUCAUCCGCCUCAUUUCUAGUUCACAUCAAAGAAGUUGUCUCAGAGAAAUUACCCUGAGAAUAAGGGGAUACUGUCUUGGAUAGAUGCCAGUUGAGUUUACAGUGUGACCUGAUGAAGCUGUCUUUUCUGUUGUGUUGUAUGAUUGUUGGAUCAUGCUUUUAGGGAUUCUUUUAGUGAAAUGCUCAAUGUGCAUCCCUGAAAAAGGCCAAGCGGCUUUUGUGAACAAUAGAUGUCCCCCUUCCCUUUAUUAUGUUCUCUUGACACUUUUGUGGAAAUUAGCCUGUUAAAAACAUUUUGUAAAAAUUUGUAUAAUACUGUUAUAAAAUAUUUAUAAUCCCAGAAAAUGUUGUGUUAAAUCUUGUGCAAAAACAGUAUAUUCAGAAUAAAAGUUUAUCAUUUAAAGUCA